GCCGCAUGGCAUUUUUAAUCGUCAACGGCGCGGUCACACUGAAUCGGGCAACAUCACCGUGAAAAAAGGAAAGAAUUGGGGAAAAUGUGGUUUUCGGUCAAGUGAUAGCCGCAACGCAGGUGAGCUGGGCCGAGGGAAAACGGAUAACCGAACCGUGAAAAGCGUCAACUGGCCGGAAAACUCCUUGGCUGGGCCCUAUGCAAUUCCUGGCCCCAAAAACUUGUCGACGUUCGGCUGUUUUUGUUGUUGUUGCUGCUGCUGCUACUGCUGCUGCUGCUGCUGCUUGCUGAUGGCUGCAUUUUCGUAUUGGCAUCGGAUUUUUCUUGGGUACCAUUCGACGUACAUAUAAUCCGUAGGUGAAAAAUCCAGAACCGAAGGGUGAUGUGAUGAGAAGGCAGUAAAAGAAAGGCAGUAGAUACAGCAGAUCCGUCGGAUAUUUCUAAUUAUACAACCCAGGCCGUAGCAAAAACGUAUUUUCACCCGAAGAUCCGAAACUGGUUAUACACACAUCGCAAGGAAGCACGGGAGGUUGGGAGGGCUGCUACAUGGACAAAAUCAAGUUAAAGGUUAUUGGCGUGCUGCGCGAACGCGAUGGUGGAAAUCGUAGUGGUUCUGGAGGAUUGGCAGCAAGUGCUGGAGCAGGAGCUGGAUCUGGCGGAGUAUCGGCCACCGCUGGUCAUCAGUUAGCCUCCGCAGGAGGAGUGGGCGUGGCGCAGCCCUCGAUUGGGGUCACGCCGGAUAAUAACAACGAAGGCAACGCCCCGGGAAGUGGAGGAGGUGGAUUAAUGGAACCCCAGGCAACGGCAGGAGCCGGACCCUCUGGGGGAGUCGGUGGCGCCGCUAGAACAUCGGUGCUACCCAGACCGCAGACCUCCAAGAUUAGCGCCCUAGACCUGGCCGGCAUACUCAACACCCGGAGAAGACUCGAGUGGACCAAGGAGUGGCUGCGCAAAAACCAGGCCGAGUUUCUCAGCAAGGAGAAUUUACUAAGUGAACUGCAGUCGCGCAAGGAUGAGUGCUAUCACUUGAAUUACUUCCUAGCCAUAACAGAGAGCCAGUUUCGGUAUCUAGUGCAAAAGCUGGAGCCCAUCAUAAGCCAGUAUGCUCCGCAACGCAAGAAGAAGUCCUUCAGCGCCGAGGAGCGACUGGCCAUAACGCUCAAGUAUUUGGCAACGGGUGAAGUACAUUCUUGUCGAAACUACUGCUUCCGUGCCUCGAAAUUUGUGAUAAACGAAAUGAUUGCCAAUAUCUGUCUGGGCUUCUACGAGCACCUCAAGGACCAAUACGUGACACUACCAAAGACUGACGAUCAGUGGCGCAGCGCCGCCGAGGAGAUGGAGCGCAAGCACAACCUGCCCCACUGUGUGGGCAAUCUGUUCAUGCGCAGCAUCCAACUCCAAGGCUCUGGGACCGGUUCGAGUUCCGGGGCGGCGAGCAGCGCAUCCGCCGCUGGCGACGAUCGCAAGCGCGCGACCGUCAUCUUUACGGGCAUCGUGGAUGCCGACAACAAUUUCCAGUACGCAAAGGUGGAACGGGCGGCGAGCAGCCGACCCAACGACAUCUAUAACCAGACCACUGCCGUUGAGCUGAUUAGGCACAAGAUGCACGCUCUGGAGGAACAACAGUCGGCGGAGAUGGACCGACAGGGCUAUUACUUUGCUGGCGAUUCAGUGCUGCCAGCCACCUCGUAUCUGGUGACCACACGCAAUCUGCCCAAGGAUCGGGCCGUACUGGAGGCCCUCGAGCAGGUCAAUGCCCACGCGGAUCAAACGAUGCGGAUACUGUGCAACAUGUUCCCAAUUCUGGCGCAGCCGCUGCGCAUCAGUGACAAGCACAUCCGCGAAGUGGUGCUCGGCUGUGUGGCCCUGUACAAUUUCCUGCGCAAGACGGACGACUCAUUUCGGCGCACCAGCGACAGCAUCGUGCAACAGAGGGCAGAGCAACAGCAACUGGCCUACAGUGUCGAUAGCGACGAAAUUGACGACGAUUGCAUCAUGCUGGCCACCGAGGAGGAGUUACGCGAGCGGGCGGAGUUCACGCCCAGCGUCGGACUGACCACCUGCUUCCAGCCGCUGUGUACGCAGCGUGGCGAGACGCCCGAAGGUCUGGCUAAGAGGGACUGGCUGCUUCAGCUGGACUUUGGCCAGCAGAGCGGCAACGGAAGCGGUAUUGGCAUUGGAAUUGGAAUUGGCAAUGGUAACAUGAGCGGAAACGGCGGCAUGGGCGGCAGUACAGACAGUGCGAGCGGCAGCUCAAAUGGGAGUUUAUAUUAGUGCAAUUUACCUAAGUACUUUACGAAUUUUGUAUAGUUCCUUGUUUUAUAUUUUCUAAAUCUGUAAUCUGUAACAGCAUCUGUUGCCCCGUUGCCACGUUGCCGACUAUUGUUUACCUCUCUCCUUUGGCGCAUUAUCUACUGCAUACCAUUUAUGAUUACGUUCACGUUCGUUCCAUCUGCGUUCCGUGCUUCAUCUAGGGUUCUGUAUAGUUAGCUUAGUUUCUUGCGGAAGUUCCGGUUCGGUGAACGAUGCUAUGUGAUGUCUCAAAUCUCUAUUGUGGCCCAGUGCACUGCUCCUGGGGAGCGGCCUGCUUAUGAAACGGGUCUGGAAACAAAAAUAAAAGGCGGCAGCUGACAAAAAUGUGCGAAGUCGAAGAAGUACAUCGGAAACAGAUCAACAAAAUUAAAAUUUUAGUAUUCGUAUUUAAGCAAAAAAAAAACAAAUUAUACAUAAUUAUAUUUACAAAUAAAUGUGUAAGGAGUGGUCUUUACGUGUCGAAACCUUA